AUGGCCCGUCUCUCUCUCCUCUUUGCCCUGUUUCUCGCGGGGCUCACCUUCACCCUCGCGAGCCCGCUCAUCAACGCUGCACAGCCACACACGGAACAGGUCAGCCAUGCACCCAAGAGCGCGACCGCGCCCGCCAAGUCGCACGCGCUGCCAGCGCCGUUCUGUUACCCCUCGCUCGGAUUCCUUGCGCCAGACGCGCUUCCGUUGGACAACAGCCUAUGGUGGUGCGAUCCCGCGACAGAGUACGCGUUCGUGGGGUUCAGCUACGAGGUCACUGCUUGUCAGAGUCGCGCACAGCUCCACAAAGAGUUCCGGGAUAUCCGACAGCACUUCAACUCGCGCUAUGUCCGGCUGUACGGCGCUUGCGAUCGCGAAGGCUUCUAUGACGACAUUGUGGACGCUGCAUGGGCCAACAGACUCGGCGUGCAUGCCCUAAUCUGGUUCGGGUUCGACGGAAGCGACAUCUGGAUCUCGCGACGCGACACGCUCCUGGCCGCCCUGCACGCGAACCCGCUCGCGAAGUUCGUGACGCGCGUGCUGCAGUUUGGCUCGGAGCCGCUGUUCGACAACGUGCUCCCGCACGACCAGCUCGCGGAGCAGGUCACGCUUGCGAAGGCGAACCUGUCGAGCCUCGGCAUCCCCGUCACGGUCAGCGAGCUCGCGUUUGGGUACCAGGAGCGCGGGGGCGCGCAGGACGUGCUCGAUGCGAUCGACUCGAUCAACAUCCAUAUGUUGCCGUUCUUCUCCCAGGAGGCGUCGACGUCGGACCAGGCGUGGCCACUUGUGCUGCAGGACUUGCAGUUUUUCAUUGACAAUGGGAAUGGGAAGAAGAUGUACUUCGACGAGAAUGGCUGGCCGUCUGUGACCUCACCCAGCGUGCAGCCCAAUAGCCCAGACGCAGUCGCGGACGUACCAAACGAGCAUGGAUAUUAUGUGCUGCUGGACCAGCACUGCGAGGACCUGAAAACCGUCGUCGGGGGCGGCGUCGGCUGGUUCGCGCACAUCUACUCGGACAACCAAGAGCCGGGGUACGGAAUCUACGACUCCAAGGGGCACAUGAAAUUCCCGUUCGCGCCGCGCACACACUGUUGAUGCACACGAUCCUCGGGCGCGCUCCGAGCGCGUGCGGUGCCUGGCUGCCUUGAGGGCCGCAGUUGUGUUAACAUUCCUUUGGAAAUCGGGUUGCUGGUGGCGCUAUGUUGUACGUAUACUGCGCAGAUUCUUGACGAUGUAUCAUAGCUCGUUUACAUGAC